GUUUAUUGGGCUAAAAGGAAUCAGUAAAUAAAAUUACUUUUUUAUUUUUGAUACACAGGAAUCCAGAUCUUACAUAAGAUGGAAGUUUCUCACACUAGAUGCUGAACAUUAAGUAAAAAGUCUAUGUAGUAAAAUCUAAGGUGCCAUGGAAGAAAUACCAGUAAAAGUUGCUGUAAGAAUUAGACCUCUGCUUUACAAAGAAGUUCUUCAUAAUCAUCAAGUUUGUGUGAGAGUUAUUCCAAACAGCCAGCAAAUUAUCAUUGGGAGAGAUAGAGUUUUCACUUUUGAUUUUGUUUUUGGCAAAAAUUCCACUCAAGAUGAAGUUUAUAAUACAUGUAUAAAGCCCCUAGUGUUGUCACUCAUUGAGGGCUAUAAUGCAACUGUUUUUGCCUAUGGACAAACUGGAUCUGGGAAGACAUACACUAUUGGAGGAGGCCAUGUUGCUUCAGUUGUGGAGAGCCAAAAGGGUAUCAUUCCUCGAGCUAUUCAAGAAAUAUUUCAAAGCAUCUCUGAACAUCCUAGCAUUGACUUUAAUGUAAAAGUAUCUUAUAUAGAAGUAUACAAGGAAGACCUAAGAGAUCUUCUAGAAUUAGAGACAUCCAUGAAGGAUCUUCACAUCCGAGAAGAUGAAAAAGGAAACACAGUGAUUGUUGGGGCCAAGGAAUGCCAUGUGGAGAGUGCAGAUGAAGUGAUGAGUCUUUUGGAGAUGGGGAAUGCAGCCAGACAUACGAGUACCACCCAAAUGAAUGAGCACUCCAGCAGAUCACAUGCAAUUUUUACAAUCAGCAUUUGUCAAGUUCAGAAAAACAUGGAGGCAGCUGAAGAUGGAUCAUGGUAUUCCCCUCAGCAUAUUGUCUCAAAGUUCCACUUUGUGGAUUUGGCAGGAUCAGAAAGAGUGACCAAAACGGGGAAUACUGGUGAACGCUUCAAAGAAUCCAUUCAAAUCAAUAGUGGAUUGCUGGCUUUAGGAAAUGUAAUAAGUGCUCUUGGGGACCCACGCAGGAAGAAUUCACACAUUCCAUAUAGGGAUGCUAAAAUUACCCGGCUUCUGAAAGAUUCCCUGGGAGGCAGUGCCAAGACUGUCAUGAUUACAUGUGUCAGCCCAUCCUCCUCAAAUUUUGAUGAGUCCUUAAAUUCUCUCAAAUAUGCCAACAGAGCACGGAACAUUAGAAACAAACCCACUGUAAACUUCAGCCCCGAGUCAGACCGUAUAGAUGAAAUGGAAUUUGAGAUUAAAUUGCUUCGAGAAGCUUUGCAAAGCCAGCAGGCUAGUGUCAGCCAAACUAACCAGAUCCAUCGAGACGGGAGUCCUGAUACAAAUAGGAUUCAUUCUCUUGAGGAGCAAGUAGCUCAGCUUCAAGGAGAAUGUCUGGGUUACCAAUGUUGUAUAGAAGAAGCCAUUACCUUCCUGGUGGACUUAAAAGAUACCGUCAAACUAAACCAAAAGCAGCAACACAAAUUGCAGGAGUGGUUUAACAUGACCCAGGAGGUCAGGAAGGCUGUCCUCACUUCAUAUCGAGGAAUCGGAGGCACUGCAAGUCUGGAAGAAGGACCACAGCAUGUUACAGUUCUCCAGCUGAAGAGAGAGCUUAAGAAAUGCCAGUAUGCUCUCGCUGCUGAUGAAGUAGUAUUUAAUCAGAAGGAAUUGGAGGUGAAGGAGCUGAAGAAUCAAGUGCAGAUGAUGGUACAGGAAAACAAAGGGCAUGCUGUGUCUUUGAAAGAAGCACAAAAAGUGAAUAGAUUGCAGAAUGAAAAAAUAAUAGAACAACAACUUCUUGUGGAUCAACUGAGUGAAGAACUAACAAAACUUAACCUGUCAGUGACUUCUUCAGCUAAGGAAAAUUGUGGAGAUGGCCCAGAUGCCAGGAUCCCUGAAAAGAGACCAUAUACUGUACCAUUUGAUACUCGUUUGGGGCAUUAUAUUUAUAUCCCAUCAAGACAAGAUUCCAGGAAGGUCUAUACAAGUCUGCCUAUGUACUCUCUGGAUCGAAUAUUUGCUGGAUUUAGGACACGAAGUCAGACACUGUUGGGUCACAUAGAAGAACAAGAUGAAGUCCUCCAUUGCCAAUUUUCUGAUAACAGUGAUGAUGAAGAAUCAGAAGGCCAAGAGAAAUCUGGAACUAGAUGUAGAAGUCAUUCAUGGAUUCAGAAGCCAGACUCUGUUUGUUCCCUUGUUGAAUUGAAUGAUACUCAGGAUGAAACACAAAAGUCAAAUUUGGAAAAUGAAGGUACAUGUCACGAUGCCAAGUCUGUAAGCAAGCAGUAUUCUUUGAAAGUAACAAAACUAGAGCAUGAUGCAGAACAGGCAAAAGUCGAACUCUUUGAAACACAAAAACAGCUACAGGAGCUGGAAAACAAAGAUCUUUCUGAUGUUGCAAUGAAGGUAAAAUUACAGAAAGAGUUCCGUAAAAAGAUGGAUGCUGCAAAGCUGAGAGUUCAGGUCUUACAGAGGAAGCAACAAGAUAGUAAGAAAUUGGCAUCACUGUCAAUCCAAAACGAGAAACGUGCUAAUGAACUAGAGCAGAAUGUAGAUCACAUGAAGUAUCAAAAGGUACAGCUACAAAGAAAACUUGGAGAAGAAAAUGAAAAAAGGAAGCAACUGGAUGCAGUAAUUAAGCGGGACCAGCAAAAAAUCAAAGAACUACAGUUAAAAACAGGACAGGAAGAUGGUCUAAAACUGAAAGCUGAGGACCCUGAUGCAUGUAACUUGAAAAGGAGAAAAGGUUCAUUUGGAAGUAUAGACCAACUCCAGAAAUUGGAUGAGCAAAAGAAAUGGUUAGAUGAAGAAGUAGAGAAAGUUCUGAACCAACGCCAAGAAUUAGAGGAGCUGGAAGAAGACUUAAAGAAACGAGAGGCCAUAGUUUCUAAGAAGGAGGCCCUGUUACAGGAGAAAAGUCACCUGGAAAAUAAGAAAUUGAGAUCUAGUCAGGCCUUAAACACAGAUAGUUUGAAAAUAUCAACUCGCCUGAACUUACUGGAACAAGAAUUGUCUGAAAAGAAUGUGCAGCUUCAGAGCAGCACAGCUGAGGAGAAAAUAAAGAUUUCAGAACAAGUGGAAGCCCUCCAGAAAGAAAAAGAUCAGCUCCAGAAACGAAGACACACUGUGGAUGAAAAACUUAAGAAUGGUAGAGUGCUGUCACCUGAAGAAGAACAUCUUCUUUUCCAACUUGAAGAAGGGAUUGAAGCUUUGGAAGCUGCAAUUGAAUACAAGAAUGAAAAUAUACAGAGUCGCCAGAACUCACUUAGAGUAUCAUUCCAUAACCUCUCUCAUAGUGAAGCAAACGUCUUGGGAAAACUAGCUUGCCUGAGUCCUGUUGAGAUUAGAGCUAUUCUUUUCAGAUAUUUCAAUAAGGUUGUGAAUUUGCGAGAAGCUGAACGGAAACAACAGUUAUAUAAUGAAGAAAUGAAAAUGAAAGUUCUGGAACGGGAUAAUAUGGUUCGUGAAUUAGAAUCUGCAUUGGACCAUCUAAAAUUGCAGUGUGACCGGAGACUGACCCUCCAGCAAAAGGAACACGAACAAAAGAUGCAGUUGCUGUUACAUCAUUUCAAAGAACAAGAUGCAGAAGGCGUUAUAGAAACUUUCAAAACAUAUGAAGAUAAAAUCCAGCAGUUGGAAAAAGAUCUUUAUUUUUAUAAGAAAACCAGCCGGGAUCUUAAGAAGAAACUUAAGGAACUGGUAGGGGAAGCAAUUCGGCGGCAACUAGCACCAUCAGAGCAUCAUGAGGCUGGAGAUGGAGUCCUGAAGCCAGAAGAAGCAGGCAUGCUUUCAGAAGAAUUAAAAUGGGCAUCCAGGCCUGAAAGUAUGAAAUUCAGUGGAAGAGAAAGAGAAAUGGACAGUACAGCAAGCAGCUUAAGAACACAGCCAAAUCCUCACAAACUCUGGGAAGAUGGCCCAGAAUUACCUCCAAUUCAUAGUUCUUUAGCACCCCCUAGUGGGCAUAUGUUAAGCAAUGAGGAUAAAACAGAAAUAGAUGAUUAUCAGUUUACAAAAUCUCACAGUCGACUACCAUCCCAAAUUCAGGUUGUGGGAAAUGUGGUGGGACAGCUUCAUGGUGUUACACCUGUAAAAUUAUGUCGAAAAGAAUUACGUCAAGUUUCUGCCUUGGAACUAUCAUUGCGACGUUCCAGUCUUGGAGUUGGUGUUGGAUCAAUGGCUGCCGAUUCCAUCGAAGUAUCUAGGAAACCAAGUGACUUAAAAACUUAGGCAUUUAAUAAUAGAACUUUUAGUAGACAUGUAAAAAGAUUCCUUUUUCUAACCUGUUAAAAAUGAAAGCUCAAGCUCACUACCUCUUUCCUCAGGAUAAAGGAAGAAGGGGAGGAAGGAAUCCCUAAUCCUUUUAUAUACUAUAAAUAUGUACAUCUUCUAUAACGUAUUUGGGGAUUUUUAAUUUAAAUUCCCAUAGUAACCAAACACGUUUCCAAUACUUGAUAACAUUUAAGUAUUUACAUUUAUAAAUAUGCUUAAUGUUUUUCCAGGCAUAUUUGAAGAACAAAACUAAUAAUAGACUAAAAUAUCUAGUAUGUAUUAUUAUAUAAAUGUACAUUAUAAAAGUAUAUGAUAUGACUAUAUUAUUGUUAUUCUUAUAUACAAGUAUAUUGUUAUUUUUAAAAGACCCAGCUAAAUCUUGCUUUUGUCAGAGGGAGUCACCUGCUGCAUAUGUGGGCUAAGACAACCUGUCAGCUUUAUGGAUUGAGGCUAAUUUACAGUCUUCGGAGCUCACAGAAAUGGUCGGUCUUGACUUUUUAAACUUGCUCACUGUUCUGUUUCUGGAAUUUUUUUAUAUUUAUAAUGUUGUGUUUUUGGUUUGCUAAUAUUAUGCAAUAUAAGUUUUCAUGUCUUUCCUGCCCUAUACACUCAAUAUAUCUCUCAUUAUGUUACUAACAUUGGGAGAAAUGGAUGCUGUUCCAUGGAACAGGGAAACAGUAGAAUAAAACCUAAAGGAUUCUAACAUUUCAAGAGAAAGAA